UAUAAUUAUCCCUCUGAUGACCUAAUGGAUAACCACAAUAGACAACGCAUAUCCGUCAAUAAUCAGCUACCACCACAAUAUGAAAACAGUUCUAAUAUACACGGGAAAUAGUCGCAAUUAUUAAACUCCGAAUAUAAACAACAAAUGGAAUAGUUCUACCCGGCUCCGGUUAUCAACGUUCAAUAAACAGCUCAUUCCGACAGAGUCCGGUAUCGAUGUAUUCAAAUAUUUAAUAAUUGACACCUACUGAGAAAUAUAAAGGAUAUUUCAUCACAAAAGGUAUAUAUUAUAAUCGAAGCACAAUUUUCCCAUUCGUAACACAAUUUGCAAGACCUUCCGACAUCUGACAUCAUUUAAAAUGGCGUCCGCCAAAGGAGAAUUAGAUCAGAAACUUCAGUCGCUUUCUGAAGACGACUUGCCAAUUGUUGAGCAAAGAGCAAAGGACGAAGAGGACAAAGUUGAAAGGCUUAAAAACAUGGAGUCUGCUGUAGUUUCUAUCCUCCAAGGAGUUGGAGAGGACCCCACCAGAGAAGGCUUGCUCAAAACACCUCGGAGAGCUGCUAAAGCAUUCAAUUUCUUCACAAAAGGCUACGAAGAAUCUCUGGAAGGUUCGUUUUUUAGUUCUAAAUGCACAUUUUGAGCACAACCAUCUAGGCAUGUUGAAUUAAGGCAUUGCCCCUGACCCUGGGGAUUUUACUUGUCCCCAAUACAGCUCUUCUAUAGAGGGGCCUGUACCGGGUUCCGAAAUCCCGACCAAUUUUCACUUCAAAUCCCGUUAUCCCGCCAUGCCUCAUCCCAAUUUCUCGCUCCCGACGUUUUUUCUGACACUGUUCUUUUUUUCUAACACAUGUGAAUGGAGGAUUGAUGGGGGACAAAUGUUCGAUAUCAUCCUUGAAAACAGUAAAUUUCAAGCACACAAACAAAUGACAACAGUCAGCUAAAGUACGGCUACAAGUUUUGUUGAUUUAUCCGGUUAUCCCGCUUAUCGUGGGUUACUUCCCGCAUAUCGCCAUGGUAUUUUUAUUAAUCCCACUUCCCGCGAUGGAAUAAAAUCCCGCUUCCCACCAAUAUUUCUCUUAAAAUGCCGAUUCCCACUUGAAUUUUAGAUGCAUCCCGCAAAACCGGUACAGGCCCCUCUUCUAUAGUGUCGGGUGUGUGGGGAGGAGGGGGUUUGGGGUUUGCAGUGGUUGUCAAUCUCAACAUCUGGUUAUGAUUCUGGUACAUUUGUGUGUGUCUUAAGAUAUCGGUCAGAGAACUGUCUGGGGAAAAUGUUCGAUGACUUUGAGUUUGAGUUUGACAUAUGUAUUAUGAUGUUCGGCACGAAUUUGAGUUCAGUUUGGCUUGGAAAUAAGUAUGAAUGCCAACACAAAUUAAUAUCGAUUUUCACAAUUUGGAAAAGUCAUUUGAAUCUCGGCAAUGAAUUUCCAAACCCCAUUGUGGAAAGCCCUCGCUUUCAGGAUUGCACAUUUCCAGUUCAAUAUCAGAGCUGCCAAGUGCCCCGCCGCAUUUGCCCUGAAAGUCACGCUUUUAAAUUUUGGUUCCGCAGUUCCGCACACAUGCCGAAAAUUGCCUUAAGGUCACACAAUUCCACAUAUCUUAAUUUUUCAGCAAGAAAUUCAUGUUUUUAUACAGCACUACGGCAAAUAUUUUAGCCCAAUUUCACCUAUGAGUAUGGACAAUUCCUGAGCCAGUCUUGGUCAAAUCUUACAUAUUGUUAUUAGCAAUACCGUUAGAGAAGCCAAGCUGUGAGAUGUCACACAUUCCUAUCUUCCGAACUUGGCAGGUCUGCAUUAUAAUCUGAUUCUCCAUUUAACAUACAAGCCUCUAGUCUUGGAUUAUAGGGUACAUUUUGAUUUAUGUUGGACAGAGUUGCAGUUAGGUUGGACCCCAGUACACUCAGGCCUGACAAACAAUAUUAAAACCUCAGUUUGACUUAGGUCGGAUAGACUGUCCGGUGGUUUCCUCUCUUAUAUUGACAAUGUCUGUGACCGACCAACACUUUAAAUCCUGGUGACUGAGACAGGUCUCUGAUCCAAGUUUGUAUUUAUCAAUAUUUCAUAUUUGACAGAAAUGGACACCAGAAGUAAAAAAUGUCAUGAUGUUUUUGUGAAAAUUCUGUGAUCAUUGUAGCAGAAAUUCCAUACAAAUCUAUUGUAAAAUCAAAAAUUUUCAAAACACUGUGACUUGAUUGCAUCCUGAAUGUCCAAGCGUCAUUAAAUUUUUGCUAUAGACUAAUCUGAUUUGGUAUAAACUAUGGUUUAUGACCUGUAAUGGCACUGGACCAAUGAUGUGUGCAUGUUCCUUCCUGGACCUCCAGAAUUAUAUAGAUCAGCAUUACAGCUAUCCAAUAUAUAAUAGGGCCAUUUUGGGACAGUUGCUGAGAUUCUUCUUGCAAAAUAACAGAUUAACCUGUUGAGCACCAGGCCACUCUCCAUUUGACGAGUAAACAGCAUUCGAAUUAACAAUGUGCAAUUUGCACAUCAUUCUGGAUCAAAUAGUGAGAAUUUCACUUUUCAUCACUUUUCCAAACGAUGUGCAAAAAAGUCAGACUUGGAACUAUUAAUUAACCCAUUAUUGGCAUUAAGCCGCAGAUAUUCCCUUUGAUGAGUAAAAUCUUCUGGCGUUUGACAAGUAAAAAAAAAGUAGGGCGCACUGGGGUACAUUGCGGCUCAAUGGAUUAAUUUGACAUGUCCUAUAAAUCCUAUAAUAUAAACAAGUGCUUUUGUAUGCAUGCACACUAGCAGCAUGUUUGCUGACUGGAAAGUGUCAAAUCUUGGCCACCAUGACAGACAAAGACAUGACUGAUAAAUGUUAUAUGUGUUAAGCAAGUCAAAUGUAAAUAUCUAGCGAAAACCAAGUUUUCCAAAAUCUUUGUGUUGAUCAAUCGAUCGUCGUGUUGUAUAUACAAUUUGGGCAACGCCGCAACGACCUUGGCAAAGAAUAAAGAUCAGUACCAGAAGGGCCGCUCAGCGGUGCAACAUGUCACCAUUUUUCUAUGCAAAAAUAUGCAAUUGACUGGCCAGGAAGAUGGCGGCCAGCCAAUACAGCGCGUUUAUUGGCCAGAAAAUGUAAUCGACUGGCUAGGAAGAUGGCGGCCAGGGUGGUACCAUAGAUAUAGGAGACCUAUAUCUAUGGGUGGUACAUAUUAAUGGCAUCGACAGAAUUUUGGCCGGCGUAUUUUCUGACAAAGCGGGGUUUUUUUCGCGAUUUCUUGGUAAAAUUUCUGACAUAAAAUAACGACGCCAUAUUUACAUAUUUUGCCGUUUUGCGUGGGAUAACAUGGCCCACAUGUGGCGAUAAAAUGACUUGUGACUUGACUUGAAUUGACUUGCCACUCGGAAUGACUUGUGACUUGACUUGAAUUGAAAAUGACUUGUGACUUGACUUGAAAGACAAAAUGACUUGUGACUUGACUUGAACUUGCAGACCAAAUGACUUGUGACUUGACUUGAACUUGCAACAUAGGACUCGUUAACAACUCUGGUGCAUGCUGGCACGAAAUGGGUUAAAAAGUGUUCAAUAUUGCAGUUUGAUUGAGUGAAUGUUUGAUUGUAUCAUGAACCUAUUUUAAAUAAAUUUAGAGCCACAUUUUAAAAAAAAGUUGCACAUCAUUUUUUCUCAACUAAUUUGAACCCAGUGCAAGUAAAAUUGUCUGACAUUAGACGGAGUAAAAUAAUAACGUAUGGUGCAAUAAUUUGGAGGUGCAAUGCAACUUAAUGGGUUAAGUCGAAGACAAUUGGGCAGUAAAAUAAUAACGUAGGGUACAUUGGGCACAAUCAUGCAACUCAAUGGGUUAUAAGCAAGCAACAUCUGUUACAGAUGGCGAAUGAUGGCGACAGCCAUUCUUGUUUGAAACAUGGCCGGAUUUUGAGGGGAGGUGCACACCUCCCCAGAGAUCAUUUGCACCUGCCCUGAGAUUUUUUGCACCUCUCCUGAAGAUUCAUCCACCGCCCCUGAAGAUUCAUGCACCUCCCCUUUGGAAACGUUAAAUGAUAGAUCAAAAUGACACUUUGACAAAUGUGACCAUUUUAAUGCAAAUGUGUGAAAGAAGCUUUGUACUGGUAAUGAAGGGCAAAAUUGGAUGAAUCGGACAUAAAUACACUCAGUCUGAUACUCUGAUAUAUAUAUGCACAGUACAUGCAUAAUAAUAUAUUAGUAUGGGGGUACUUUCUAAGCUCUAAAUAUUUCAUGGGGACCGUAACCUAGACCACAACACCUCCCCUAAAUUUUUUUCCACCUCCCCCACCAUUUCCGCCAAAAUCCGGCUUUGGUUUGAAAUCUCAAAAUAUCACUAAUGUGAAAUGUCAUUGACUGCCAUCCCUAACUCCGAGAGCUAACCACAUGUUCAUGUAUAUAUAUAUAUAUAUAUAUAUAUAUAUAUAUAUAUAUAUAUAUAUAUAUAUAUAUAUAUAUAUAUAUAUAUAUAUAUAUAUAUAUAUAUAUAUAUAUAUAUAUAUAUAUAUAUAUAUAUAUAUAUAUAUAUAUUAUUGUAGCCCAUGCACCUAGUGAAUACCUAGGUACAUUGAGGCAGAGUUACUGAAUGAUUAUUUUGUUUUUUAGAAAUCAUCAAUGAUGCAGUAUUCAAUGAGGGUCAUGAUGAACUGGUCAUUGUCAAAGAUAUUAACAUGUUCUCAAUGUGUGAACAUCAUCUGGUCCCAUUUCUAGGAAAGGUAUUGUACCAGAUAGCAUUACUGAUCAGAAAUUUCUACAGUCAAGUGCUGUGGGCCUCUGGUGUUAGACAGUCAGUAAAAUAAUUGCCACGCGAAGGGUAUAACGGGAUGCAUAGGCAGAUAGUUUGGUUACCUAUGGAGAGGCAACCCUCUUUCUUGACAAGUAAUAUCGUCUGGCGCAUUAGAUACAGUGAAAUAAUGAAAUAGGGAGCAUCAAAGGCACAUUGCCAUGCACUUAAGGAGUUAAAUGACUUUUGGAAAUUAGGAUCAGUGAAAUAUACUUGGUUGGUAACAGAACAUGUGCUGCAAAUUACCCCACUUUCAUAUACAUACAGGUAUAUUUUGAAUUUCCGAAGCGGCCGGUCACGGACAUUGUCCGGUAUACAAAUCCGCAAUUUCAACCGUUUUGACAGGUACUAUUUCGAUUGCGUCGGUCACUCUGUCCGGUACAUGGUUUGGCAAAAAUCAUUGUCCAUUUUGGGACAAGGAACCUUAAACCGAUCGUCUUUUAACUUUUUGAGAGCAAUCGUGCAUGUUGACACAUGAGAUUGACUAAAAUAAUUAUUUCGCAAAGAAUCGAAAGAUUGCAUAAUACCACGCAUUGGUGUUGCGAGUUUCUCGCGAUAUCGAGUCCAGAAUGCGAGUGGCGAUGAAGCGUGGCGCCAUUGUAACAAACUAAAGUAUAGUCAUAGUUAUUAUUUGAGCAUUUGGACUUAUUCAUUUUUAUAGAGAUAGACAUGAUUUAUUGAUUUCAUGACCUCAUUCACUAACUUGACCACUUGAGUUCAAUUAUUUGUUUCUAAACUUUCUAUAAAUAUAAAUAAAUAAAUAAAUGUUCCCAGUAUUAGCACUUAAUUUCUUCAACUGCAGCACUAGCUAGUCUAGCUACAUGCCUACAUAUGACUUUUGCAUGUCCUAUUUACUAUUACUCUAUUAGUCACUAUUAUUUUAGUAAUUAGUAUGGAACCAAAUAUACCGAUGCUUGUUUUGGUGACCGAUACAUUUUAUUUUGUGACAGGCACAAUUUCAUUGAUGCUGGUCAUUGUGACAAGCAGGGCACAAAAAAUUAUAUUCAGGCCUGAUCUUAUGCCAUUUAGCACAGACUGCAUGAGAUAGACUAAACAGGGCAAUGUAUAACCAGUCACCAUGCAUGUUCCAACCUGUUGAGGUUGAAGUUUGCAGUGUGUAAAGUGUAUGUAUAAAUUUGUAUAGUUUAGGGCCCAUUUAGUGGCUUUGUCCUAUCUUUAGUUAUAUUUAAACUAAUUACAGGGAACAUAUCUACUAAUUGUGUCAAUUGUCUUGUCUUUUUGUCAGGGUUUUUUUUGUAACAUAUAUCUUGUACCAUAUAACAUAUUUAUUGUUUUACAGUCAUAUAUAGUAGAAUACUCAAUAUAUAGUGUUAUUGAAAGCGAAUGUGCUAAUGAAAGACACUCAAUCCCAGAGCCUCUUUUAAGAAUUUGUCAGUGCAGGAGGAGCCAUCAAGAGAAAGGGAUCCAACUAUCUUUAUAGUAUAGAUACUAAACAAUAGACAUUUCCCAUUUUUGACUACUUUUUUAUCUUGGCAACGAAAAGUAUAUUCCCGGCAAGAGCAUACUAGAAUUAGUAAAAUUGCAAAGUUUGGUUGCGAACAAGCCUGAAUAUAAUUUUUUGUGCCCUGCCUGUCACAAUGACCAGCAUCAAUGAAAUUGUGCCUGUCACAAAAUAAAAUGUAUCGGUCACCAAAACAAGCAUCGGUAUAUUUGGUUCCAUACUAAUUACUAAAAUAAUAGUGACUAAUAGAGAAAUAGUAAAUAGGACAUGCAAAAGUCAUAUGUAGGCAUGUAGCUAAACUAGCUAGUGCUGCACUUGAAGAAAUUAAGUGCUAAUACUGGGAACAUUUAUUUAUUUAUUUAUAUUUAUAGAAAGUUUAGAAACAAAUAAUUGAACUCAAGUGGUCAAGUUAGUGAAUGAGGUCAUGAAAUCAAUAAAUCAUGUCUACACUGUAUCUCUAUAAAAAUGAAUAAGUCCAAAUGCUCAAAUAAAAACUAUGACUAUACUUUAGUUUGUUACAAUGGCGCCACGCUUCAUCGCCACUCGCAUUCUGGACUCGAUAUCGCGAGAAACUCGCAACACCAAUGCGUGGUAUUAUGCAAUCUUUCGAUUCUUUGCGAAAUAAUUAUUUUAGUCAAUCUCAUGUGUCAACAUGCACGAUUGCUCUCAAAAAGUUAAAAGACGAUCGGUUUGUGCGUCCGGAAAACUUGCGAUAUGUCCAGAAAAAUUUUAUAUGCCCGGAGAAAAUUUUGUAUGUGCGGAAAAAAUUUUGCGAUCUCGCCCCCUCCCCCACCCCACCCCCCCCCCGAUCGCCAACAAUUUUGGGGAAAAUAUUAAUUAGCGACUGAAAUGUUGUCGGCAAAUGCGAUACUACCAGUAUAGAUUAGGAAAUGAAUAGAUGGCUCAUUCCUUUGAUGUUUUUGACGCUGCCGGCACCCACGCAUGUUCUUACCAGAGUAAUGGCGGCCUAGCAAGAACUAUAAUAAAAUGCAUUGUGAAAUUGACAUCCGUGCUACUAUAUCCUCUAUUUUUCCGCUUUCGGGGGGUUUAAUGGACAAAUAAAUCAGAAUUAUAAAAAUACAGGAUUUAGUAGCACCGAUGUCAAUUUCACAAUGCAUUUUACUACAGUUACUUGCUAGGCCGCCAUUACUCUGGCAAGAAUAUGCGUGCUAUAUAUGAGUGAUGUCAAGUAACGAAGUAAAUGUCGAGUACUAUUUUUGAGAAGUCAGCAUGUAACAAAGUAAACUUUUUCUGGACUGCUUUUACCAUAGGCAGCCCAGCAAAAUGUGUAAAAAUGCGUUAAACGCUUAAAAAUACGUAUAAAAUUCGUCUCAAUUUGCUAUCAAGCGAUUUAUUUGUGUAGCUCAUUAUACAUGCAGAUUCCGAUGUUUACGUCAUUGUAUUUUCAUAUAUAAUAUACUAUAUACUAUAAUACUUCCAUAUUAUACAGUAGUUUACCGAGCUAACCAAUUACAUGCACACCAGGUUAGCGAGAUGUAGCGGUAGUAACCCCCCCCCCCCAGGCCCUUCCCGAUUAUGCUAGCAUAAUUUUCAGCAUAAUUUGGCUUAACGAGCAUAUUUUUUGCAUUUUUUUCAAAGAAGAAUGGCUAGCAUAAUUUAGCAUUUUUCCGCUAAUUUCGUCUGCAUUUUGGUUGUUAAAAGCAAAACUUCAUUUAUAUUUUUGGUGUUCAUGCAGUUUCAGUGAGCUUAGGAAAACUAUAUUUCCUAUUCUAUUUCCGCAACAAUCUCUCGAGAUUCAAAUCGUCAUUUAACGAGCAACAUGCGGAAUGUGCCAUAGCGGACUACAGUAUUUGCAAGCCAGUAUAAUGUUGCAGUACAACAACCGAUAAUCACGUUAAACAAUUGCUUAUCUUUGAUAUUAAGUAAAGUUUUAACAUUUUAAAGUUAACGUAAUAUUUGCACGAAGCUUUAGUUUACGAAAAGUACAUGUUGUUGUGCCUUGGCCCUUAUUUUGUGCGUAUUUCUUCUAAUUAAAGCCAAGCAUUUUUUCAACCAAAUGCGCAUAAUUUUGAAAAAUGAGCAUAAUUUUAGGAAACAACAAGCAUUGCUAUGAGCAUAAUAUGCCAGUUUUACUAGCAUAAUCGGGAAGGGCCUACCCCCCUCCCCCCUUCUUUAUCCUCUUGAUUCCUACCAGGAACAUAUAUAGUUGCAGUUGUUCCUGUUUAGGUCUAAUAAAUGUAUAUAAAUUUCCACUUGAUAAUUUCCAUCGACAAAUACUACAAUACCCUUCAACUAUUAUUCAAUCGAGUGAGACGCCAACAACAAAAUCUUAAUUUUUACAACCUAUUAAAUUAGCCUUUCUCAUGGCCGAUUUUUCCGCCAUUUUUGGGAUAGUGCCUCUCCCACGUUUGAGAGUCUCCGCAACACGAGAUACAACUUUUGUAGCAACCUCGUACCCAGGGCUAGUCGCGAGUCGCCGCCUUCAACUCGCGGCUAGCCCUGGGUACGAGGUUGCUUUUGUAGUUGUUUGUAUAAUAGUAAAUUUUACAGUUACAACUUUUAAAAGUCGCUUUUCACGUUGUUUGAAUUGUCUAGAAUCUUUCAUGAGGGUAGACAGCACCCCAAAAAUGCCGGAUUUUGGCCUUCGUGACAAAGGCUAAUUGACUAGUUUUUAUAGUGUCUAAACAUUUGUACUGUCUGUGUUUAUGUAGGUUGCUGUAGGUUAUAUUCCGAAUGGCAAAGUUAUAGGGCUCAGUAAAAUUGCCAGGUGAGUUGAAUGCUAUAUACGUUUUCCAUUGGGCAGAUACUUUCGUUGUUGUUACAUAGCUUCACAGUAAUCACACUUAAAAACGCACAAGUUGUUACAGGUCUGCAAACAAGUUGUUACAAACCUGUUCACAAGUUGUGUUCGCACUGCUUGUUGUUGUAACAAGUUUGGAACAAGUUUGGAACAAGCUGUUUACAGCUUGUAACAAGCUUGAUGGCAUUAUCAGACUUGUUACAAGGUUAUUCUAACAAGUCUGAUACAGUCAUGAUAUAACUUGUCAACAAGCUGGGAACAAGCAGUGCGAACACAUCCUGUUGACAAGUUGUUGGAACAGCAUUGCUACAAGUCUGCUGCAGGUUUGUUACAACUUGUCCGUUUUUACGUGUGUGCAUACGUAAAAACGCACAAGUUGUUACAGGUCUGCAAACAAGUUGUUUCAAACCUGUUCACAGGUUGUCGACAAGUUGUAUUCGCACUGCUUGUUCCCAGUUAUUGUAACAAAUUUGUAACAAGCUGUUAACAACUUGUAACAAACUCGACAGCAUUAUCAUACUUGUUACAUUAGGUUGUUUCGACAAGUCUGAUACAUGUAAUCAUGACAUAGCAAGAAUAUUACAAGUUUGUGACAAUAUUCUUAGAUCAUGACUGUGUCGGACUUGUUUGAACAACUUUGCAACAAAUCUGACAAUAUCAUCAAGGUUGUUACAAGUUGUUAACAACUUGCUUGUUCCAAACUUGUUGACAACUUGGGACAAGCACAUAACUGCUCAAGAAUUAAUAGAGUCUAUAGUUUAGAUGCAUGCGAACUUUUUUACUCGUUUUUAAGGCCCUCGUUUUCAGCCCCCCAUAAAAAGCUCCCUACAGCUGCAUGCUUCUGUAAUGUCUAUUUUGCCAAAAUAUGUGUAUUUUUGUUGGUAAAUUGUAUUACUGCGUCUUCAUUUUCGGAUGGCAAACACCUAAAUUCGUGGCUUUGCUUUCUUACAUGAUAUUCAAAUUUUUCGUCUAUUUUCAAUUUUGGCCCCCCCCGACUAUAUACCUCCUAGCUACGGCCCUGCACAUAAAACAUAUCAUUUAAAAGCUAAAUGAUUGAACUUUACAACAGUGUAACCAUGAAUCGAAUUCGUCAAAUAUUUUUUAAGCCAUUGCACGCCAAAUUUGGAUUUCCUUUUUUUAUACACACUUUUCGUGCACGAGUUUUCAUGCAAACUCUUGCUUCCCAACUCUCCUUCGACCAUGCAGGGCUUACUAUUUAUAUUUUCAAAUUUUAACUUUUUACUUGUUAUUUACUUUUUCAGAAUAGUAGAAAUGUACAGUCGGCGAUUACAAGGUAUGCUAAUACUCUAUAGGGCCAUAGUUUUUCAAACCAUUCACCAGGGCGGAUCUAGCCUCAUCUGCAAAGAGGGGUGCAGGUUCUCAAUAUGGUGGUGCAUGAGGGAGCCUUACUGCCCAAUCUCCUCUGCAGUCCACAACGCUACUAUCCCAAUAUUACCAGAAGAGAAUCAAAAGCGAAUUUUCCCCAGUACUUGUACAUGACAAGCCAUUAGAAGUUGUACGGAAGGUAAAAUUACUUGGUCUUACUAUUCAAUCUGACAGUUAAAUGGAAUAGUGGAAUACCCAUAUCGAUAAUAUCAUAUCGAAAUGCUGUAAGCGUUUAUACCUCUUGGUUCAGCUAAAACGUGCAAACGUCCCAGCCAGAGAUAUUAUACAGUUUUAUACGACAUGUGUUCGACCAGUCCUUGAAUAUGCUUCAAAUGUGUUCAAUUAUUCCUUGCCAACGUAUCUUAAUGACGAUAUCGAACGAAUUCAAAAGCGUGCACUCUCAAUUGCGCACCCAGGAUUUAAAUACGAAGACUCUCUUGUUAUGAGCGGACUAUCAACGCUCCGAGAGAGAAGAAAUAAAUCUUGUGAGAACUUUUUUAAUAAAAUCUUGGCGAACCCUAAUCAUCAACUUUUUAAUCUUAUAUCUAUAAGUAAGAAAAUACCUUUUUAUAAUCUAAGGAAUGAAAGGACAGUUGAUGUUCCGAAGUUCAAAACCGAACGAUUUAAAAACUCCUUCUUAAUAGCUAGUAGUCUUAUAGUAAAUGAUUAGUUAUUCCUGUUGUUGUUAGAUUUCCUAUAAUCUUAAUUCAUAUAUAUAUUUAUACCUCUAUUUUACACUUGUAAUCACCUUGUAAUUCAGUAACUUUACUGCAAAAAGUGCGAUUUUAUUAAACUAACUAUCUAACUAUUUGAGUUGCUAUUCGAGCAUUUAUUACAAAGCAGAAAAUGUAUGGUCAAGCAGAUUUUUUUAGGAUGGUACUACAAUCCUGGCAAAAACUAAUGAAACAUCCAGUUUGAUUAACAAUUUAAUUUAUUCUUCCCCCCUUCCAAUGUUGAUUAAGAUUAGCAAGAAACCUACACAUAGUGCUCUCUGCCAUCGAAGAACUAUUGUACACAUUUUUUUUAGAAUCUAUGUCUGUUUUAUUGAUUUUUUAUAGGUGUUUCAUUAACUUUUUGCCACGAUUGUAGACACCACUAGGUGGGAUCUGACCCCCCUGCACCCCACGGUAGAUCUGGCUCUGGUUUCCAGGACCACGUUUCAAGCUAGAUGGAAAUUAUGACCUCACCAUGCAAAGCGAAAAUAAUUGCACGUUUAGCAAACAUACAGCUAAACAUUUUAGUCAAGCAAUCUAUUUUAAAUAUAACCACACCUCUCCAUAGGCGGGUAAAGACCUACCUAAAAUGAUCAUGUUUUGUGAUUGGCUUUCAGAAACAAAAACGUUCAUGACUUGUUCUUUAUAGAAAGACGAUUUCUAUAGUUUUGUUGUCUUUCGUUAAUGUAAUCAACCAACCAUGAGCCUGGAUAGUAUAGGUAGAUGAUGACCCCUUCUGGCCCUCUAGGAUGGAAUAUCUGACGCACAUUCGCAUUUUUAAAGGAACAAUAUCAAGCAUUAAAUAGUAUCCAGUUUUUUGGACUAUUCAUAACAUCAUGUCAUUCAAAGUCAUCCACAUCGUAUGUUUUCCAUAAACCGUUCAAAUGUCCGACACAUCCCUACAACAUAUGAUUUCUUUUUCGCGUGAUAUUUCCUCGAAUGAUGUUUUUUGUCAUUCCAGUACAAGAACGACUUACAAAGCAAAUCGCAUUAGCCGUGGCUAAGGCAAUCAACCCUACCGGAGUCGGAGUAAUUGUUGAAGCAGCGUAAGUGAUGUCAUGUAAAUUUUAAAGUGGGCCAGGAUUUUUUAUUUUUCCCCACAUUUUUUCGUUCGAUUGCGUUACGUUUAUAUGUUGCCUUACCUUAUGAUUACCUUAAUGUACCCUACCCUGUCCUGCCCUACCCUGUUCUACCCUGUCCUGUCCUACCCUGUCCUGUCCUACCUGUCCUGCCUUGUCUUGUCUUGUUUCAUCUUGUCUUGCCUUGUUUUGCCUUCCCUUACUUUACCUUGCUUUGUCUUGUCAAUUAUCUUCUCUUGUCCUGUCCUGCCCUCCCCUGCCCUGCCCUGCCCUGCCUUGCCAUGUCAUGUCAUGCCUUGUCAUGCCUUGUCUUGUCCUGUCCUGUCUUGUCCUGUCCUGUUUUGUCUUGUCUUGUCUUGUCUUCCAUUAGUUACCAUAUUUUACCAUAGCUUGCAGUAUUGCCAUCAUACCAUACUGUAUUUACAACCUCACCUAACCUAGCCUGCCUUUCUUUAGCUUAAACUGUCUGUACCAGUGUAGGUAUAGUACCAAUGUGAAAAUGCUGUGCUGAGUGGUUAUAUUACUACCUGAAAUAAACAAGCAGAAACUCGACGUUUCGAGCGAAGGCCCUGCCUUUCAUACUAUACCUAAUACCAUACCUUACUAUACCACUAUGCUAAACUAUUAAACAUAUAUAGGGGACAUCGGUAGCCAUGUGAAAAGAGUUAGUCAACACUCUGCCGAAAGUCGUGGGUUUCGUCCGGGUACUCCGGUUUCCCCCCGCAGGGAAUGUUGGCAGGGUUGGUUAGGAUUUUGCCUAAAAAGUAACCCUUCCAUCGUAGCUGUGCUUCGUGAUAGCGAGUUAAAAGGUGACUGCUGUAUGCGCCCUUAGAAAGCUUUGUACUGGAUCACGUUGAGCUGUGUUCUUCCCAAUUCAGCUUAGCUCUUAGCUGCAAGUAAGGAUAAUAAGAAGCCCCCCUCCACUUAAACUAUAGGCAGCCGUACCUAAUUGCCAUAUUAGAGAGUUUGAGCAAGAGAACGAAGUCGGACGACGACGACGUGUUGACAAUUUUUGCCUGUCUUUAGAGAUUAGAGAUUCAUGUCUAGCUGUUUAUGAAUGUUGACCCAAAUCCUUACCCUGAUCAGGAUAAAACAGCGAGACAUGAAUCCAUGUCCCGUCUUCGUUCUUCUGCCUUCGUUCACAACGAAUAUUUUGGCAAAAUUCGUUGUGAACUUCGUUCCGAACGAAGGCACAAGAACAAAGACGGGAUAUAGUUUCAUGUCUCGCUGUUUUUUUCUGGAUCAGGGCAAGAAUUAUGGUCAGUAUUCAUAAACAGCGACACAUGGGAAGACACGUUGAGCAACCACCAGUGACGUCCAACACAGUAAAUUGUCAAGUAUGCCUUCGUCUUCGUACUUCGUUGUCUUGCUCAAACUCUCUAUAUACCUAACCUAACCUAACCUAACCUAACCUGACGUCGCCUAUCUGACCUAAUCUCACCUAAUAUCACGAAAAAAGUCUCUUUGGGUGUCGGCGCUCUCAAACGAAUGAGAGAUUUUAUUACCAGGGAAACUGCAAUUCGAGUUUACCAAUGUUUGGUGGAGCCCUAUUUUUCCUAUUGUGCCCCUGUGUGGGAUGGCCUAGGUAAAAAGCAAAGCGAAAAAUUACAGAAUAGGACCGCCCGUGCAAACAUGCAGAGUUUCUUAUCUAAAGAUGAACGAAGGUGAUGGGUCUAGCUAGUGCGUUUAUCUUAAAACUUAAACUGAUUUGAGCUUCUUGUUGCUCUUGGUUAUUACCCGUUCAUCUUAUGAUAUUUCAUCAAGUUCUCUUCUUGAAAAACUCAAUUGAGAAUAAUUGUCCACUAAGCGAUUAAAGCAAAAGGCAAUCCUCAUGUUUAAUACUAUGUUAACAAACUUACAUCAUUCUAUUUACAAGAGAUGUUCUCUCCUAGUGAGAGUGUUCAUAACCUGAGAGUGUUUAUAACCUGAGAGAUUCUUAUGAUAAACUCUAUGUCCCAAAACCACGCAAAGAUUAUUUGAAACGCUCCUUUAUAGUUACAGUGGAGCCUCUUUAUGGAAUGGCCUGCCAGAAUCUCUUAGAUCAGUAACCUCUCUCGCUGCUUUUAAGACAGGUUUAGAAGCCUUCUUAAUAAAUGAUCGAUCUGACUCCCACACGGCAAUCGGGUAGAACAGUAUCUAUAUUUCUUUUCGCUCCUUUUUAAAAUAUUUUAAUAUUUUUGUAAAUAAUUAUACUCAUGCAUGAUUCUCCGUGUUUAAAUAAAGUUGAUGCAUGUAUGUCAGGGUUCGUACAAAACUUGAAAGUCCUUGAAUGUCCUUGAAUUUGAACAAAAAUUCAAGGCCUUGAAUGUCCUUGAAUUUGUAAAGAAGUACUUGAAUGUCCUUGAAUUCUUCUUGCUUUAGUUUUUGGAUAUUUUCUGAAAUUGUUUGACAUUCAAAACGGACAUUUUGUUGAACUGAUUUUGCAUGUUCAUAUCUGACCUCAUUAUAAAGUUAAGUUUUGAACAAUUCAACGUCAGAUUUUGAUGAUUUCUAACGCCUUCUCUUCAGUAUUUAGUCCUUGAAUUUGCCGAUACAUGACCUUGAAUGUCCUUGAAAAGUCCUUGAAUUUGACUCUUCCUGACAUGUACGAACCCUGGUAUGUAUGUAUGUAUGUAUGUAAUCUACUUACUUUUACUUAUAUUUGGUAUUUUUAAUCUGUUCUAGUCACAUGUGCAUGGUAAUGCGAGGUGUCCAGAAGCCAGGUAGCUCGACAGUCACCAGUUGUAUGAUUGGAGUUUUCCGCGACGAUCCAAAAACACGAGAAGAAUUCUUGAAACUUUCAUCAAGUAACACGUCACUGUUUUAGACUGACUGCCGUUCUCUUCAUUCAUUUCAAUUAACGCCUAAAUUAUACCCGGAAGAUCCGAUCCUCCAUGUCUAGUAAUUGAUACACUACUUAGCACAGCAACUAAUAAUUUCAAUAUUUAUAUAUACACUGAUUUUCUAAAUACUGUGUACAUUUAUGUCAUUUCAAUAUUUAUUCUAAUUUCCCAAAAACUGUAGCAAUAUUUAUGUUAAAUUUGAAAUAUAAUACAAUAUUUUUAAGGGCAAUGGUCUGUUACCAUUAUUUACUUUUUUGCUUUCUACUGUUCUGAAAUAGCCGAGCACUGCGCUUGCAGUUUUGAAACGCAAAUGGAACGC